ACACCCGCGGCCCAGUUCUCAGGCGUUGUUCCCCGGGAGCGCGGCGGCCGCGCGCUGCUGCUGCGAGAUGCACCUCUGUGCACGACAACAGCUGCCCAGUGCUCGUCGCUGCGUCGAAAAGUAGACCGAGUACGAGUACACACAGCGAUCAGUGGACGGACUGCACGUCGCUCGGUAUAAACAGAGAAGAGAAAAGCACAGCGCAGCAUGGGAAGCGACGAGGUGGAGCUUGCGAGGGUCCGGCUCUCCGACAUCCUGGCCAAGGCGCGGAAGCUCGAGCUGCCGGCCCAGGAGCUUCUGGCCAGCAGGCCCGCGAGGAAGCUGCUCGCGAGAACGAGCGGCGCUCUGGGACGCUGCGCUCUGCGGCUGGGAAUGCUCGUGCUCGUACUCGCCGGGAUCUACGUGUACGCGAGGUGGCCCACGCAGGAGGUCGAGACCGUCAGGACGGUGCUGAGGAGGACGUGCGGCUCCGAGGACAUAGCCGACCGGGUGGCCGCACUGGUGCAAUCGAGCAGCUCGACGGCGCAGGACGACUGCUAGUGCUGGCCCACGACUCCGAGCUACUGCGGCACUAGUCACUCGGAGCCCUAUCCUCGGCAUCAGCAGCAGCUAUUCUCCACGACGAUGCGCGUCGCUCGCUGAUGCGAUGCGUUAUUUUCCACGAGUUCUCGGUUCAGCCUAUUUGUUCGGCAGUAUUAUAUUGCGCGCGGGCGUUUCGCUGAUUAUGACUAUUAUACAAUGUUCAAAGGUCUUUCCUUUUUGUGAUCUCGAGCGUGGAAAUUUUUUCAUAUAGAGAAAUAUACAUAUUAUAUAAUCUAAGUGAGUACAAGCUACUUUUAAUACGAAAUUUUAUAUGAUAUGAAGUCUACCGUUUCGAGUCAGAUUUGUAUAAGCUUUAGUAAAGGUAUGAUUCUUUACGAGGAAACUCCUACUCGGUUACAUCGAUACGAUUCAACUGCCACCGAUUUUUGUUGGAAGAACUUAUGUACUGUACACCCUGAGUUGUUUGAUUGUUCGAAGGAGUUACGUGUAGUGCGAGUUGCAGCGCAAAAGUAGAGAGACUCGAAGUAUACGGUAUGAAUAAGAUAAUGUAUAAGGUAUUCGUAGGGGCGGCAAAGAUUUUUAACUAGCUGAUAAUUUCGAAAAUUUAUACACACGUACAUAAUAGCUACGUCCAGUAUAUAACGUUUUGAAGAGCGAAGCUUAGACUUAACAUAGAGUACCGAAACGCGUCCGCAGCUGUCUUGGAUUCAAAAGCUCGCAAGCUCUGCAAAAUCAAGACAGCGCGUCGCAGUCGUUUCGGCAAACCUUUUUCACACACUAACAAAGUAUACAUAUACAUAUAAUAACGCGUUAAAAAGUAACGCAUCACGAGGAAAAGAGCCGUUCGAACGCCCUCCGCGACUCAGCCAUAUAUAAUAUAUGAACGGAUCUCGGGGAAACUAUGCGGAUUUAAUAUUAUA